AACUUUCACCAUGAUGUGUCAAUGAUCUGAUAACAACAGACAAUAUGAAGCGAGCGUUUGAUUCUUUUCAGUCAGACCAUAUUUUAUGCGGUUGUCCUGAUUUAAAGAACGAUUUCUGUGAUUUAAAAGAUAAAAACACAAAAGGACACGCAGACGGUUUUGCAGACGCCAUUACUGUUUGGAUAAACAAACCUCAUGUCUUGAACAGACGUUUGUGUGGCUCCAGAAUAGAGAGUAUAAUACACUACUCUACUCUGGAUGACGACACACAAAUACAGAAAAAGUUUGAGUCGGCUGUGUCGACGGCUUUGAGGAAUGGACGACUAGAUACGAUAGAUACGGGUGAUGAUAAUUCCUGUAUGGAAGUUCCUGGUCUGUCCACUAUCCCAGAGGGAGAAGGUGUGAUCGUGAUCAGGGACAUCUACCCCAAAAGGGAUGAUGCACACCCAGUAGUAAAGGAAGUUAUAUGUUAUGAUGCCACUUUGAAGAGUGCCUGGUUUUGCCCAGUAAGUGACACCUACAAACAGAAGUGUGUAGAAGCUUCCAGAAAUCGGUGCUACCAGCUAGUGCAUUGUGAGCGGAACACCAAGCCAAGAAUUUUAUUGAGGGUUUUCAAAACUGAAAUGGACUAUUGGUGUUCAAAUACAGAACCCUCUGCAACUGGACAAAGCAGAACAGCACUUGAUCUCUCCACUUCUCAAUGUGAACCAGUUGACAGUGAAUUCAUUGGUUCAGAAUCUGAACUGGUUUCAAAAGACAUAGACCUGAGUGGUUCUGAUCAAGCACUUACCACAUCUACUACUGAACUGGACACAUCUAUAAUUCUCUCAGAUGUCUGGAUUACAAAUAUUCUUUUGCGAAAGAUUGCAAACUGGAGCGAACAGAAAAAGUUGGAGACAACUGUGAAAUCUCUACGUCUGGUCAGAAUAGACUUAUACAACGCUUUGUACAACCAACUCAAAGUCAAGUAUGGCAAAAGAUUUGUAGAGAACUGGCCUGAGAAAACAGAUCCAUCAAAAUUUGUUUAUGAAGAUAUUGGUAUAGCUGCUUAUCUCUUGUUAAUCUGGGAACAAGAGCGAAAGGAGAAAAACCUGAGUGAGAAGCAGUCGUUUGUAGACAUGGGAUGUGGGAAUGGAUUACUUGUUCAUAUCUUGGCUUCUGAGGGUCAUCCUGGUGUUGGUUUAGAUAUACGGAAGAGAAACAUUUGGGAUAUGUACGGUCCGGAGACUGACCUCAAGGAACAGACCAUCAUUCCAUCAUGUGACUCCUUGUUUCCACAAUAUGAUUGGCUGAUUGGUAACCAUAGUGAUGAGCUAACACCAUGGAUACCAGUCAUGGCAGCAAGGUCAUCAUACACAUGCCGUUAUUUUGUCUUACCUUGCUGUCCAUUUGACUUUGACCGCAAGUUUAACAAGAAGGUCAGUGGCCAGAGUAGUUACCGUUGCUUUCUCAACUGGGUUAUAGAGGUAGGACAAGUCUGUGGCUUCCAGGUGGAGGAGGACACCCUCAGGAUUCCGUCUGUUAAACGGGUUUGUUUUAUCGGAAAGAGCAGAACCUACAGCAAAGAAGAGGAAUCUGUCAUAGACACAAAAAGAACUACGUAUAUAAAGAACAGGUGUGAAAAUAGCAGGUUAAAGGGAGAAAAUCUGCAUUUGACUUCUAUUGACAAUAAAUCUCUUAUCAACUCAAAAGCUUCAAACUCGGACCAAAGCUUUCCUAGUGACAAUAAGAAAUUAAGACUUGACAAAGAAAAUCCCGGUGGACUGCAGUGGACAUCAACGUUCAAACCACGGGAAAGUACAGAACGGACACGCAAUUGUCAACAUGUGAAAAAGGAAGUAAAGGAAUUAAUUGUGAAUAAAGUUUUCGAUAGGAUAAUGGCGGCAGAGGAUGCAGAGGUUCGACAAACUAAAGAUGGGAGGACCUGGCACAAGGGAGGAUCUGUGGCCUUGUCAGACGUAGCUCAGAUGUUUGACAAAGAUGUGCUAAAGGAGCUGAAGUCAGAAUGUGGUGGUCUCCAGACACUGCUUAGAAAUCACAACAUGGUGUUUAAUGUGUCUGGUGGUAAAGUACAGCUAAGAGACUUGACUCUGUCCCAGCCAUUCAGUAAAGCCUCACAACUAAGUCGAACCAAAAAAAUCAAAACCAUGCUGUGCUGGUUUCAUGCCCAUCAUCCAGACGGGUGUCCUCGGACGAGAGACAUGUGUUUGUUUGCUCACGGAAGUGACGAUAUGAUACCAAGUGAUACAAAUCUAUCAUCAGUCUCUCAGAUAUAGUAAUUUAUUCUUCAACUCAAAAUGGUUAUAGUGAUAAAUGUGAAAAAUAGUUAGUUUGGUGUUUAUAAUGAUUUAUUUUGAUUCAACGAAGGGAAAUUGCAUUUUAUCUUUUUAUAUGAACAUACCUAUGUGAAGGUCAGGGCUGGAGAUUGAUGGUUUUGUUAAUUAAAUUCAAUCCUGUUCGUUUUAAAACUUAUUAUUACAACUGUAAUCAAUUUAGGUUGAAAACACAUUAAAUAAUGGAAAUAAAGGAACGUAUUUUCAAAAUUACCAAAAAUUUGCAGAUUGCAAAAUUUUGCUGGAAUAAAAUGAAGCUUACAUCUAACAUUGGUGACUAGACAGGUACACAUCUGCAAAAAUAUCUAGUGGGUGACAGAGAUUUCAUAAUAUCACCCUCAUUUCUAUGCCAUUUUGAGGAAAAUGGAGCAUAUAAUGCUACCAGUGGCCGUCUUGUCGAAUCCAUCACAAAUCCAUGGCAUAUCUCGAGAACUUUUCAACAGAUAAGGUUCAUAUUUAUUCUGUAUUUAUUCCGUGUUUUAUUACACACCUACACCUUAUUAAAUCGUGGCCAUACUUGGAAUCAUUCGCAAAUCCAAUAAACCAUGAUACUUAUGUGGUUGGGAGAAGGGGCAUGUCUUACAGAUAUUUUCUAGUUUUGCCUGCAUAUUAUAUAAAAGAUAAAUACAAUAUAACAGCCACUGUACCGUUGAAUGUGCAACAAAUCAGUUACAGAAACUGUAUAUUUGUGUUGAUAUGAAAAUGUAUAUCCUUUACCUGUACUUACAAAAUCGUUCACAUCGAAUAGAAUGACAAUUACAAAAUCAUGAAGGUUGAAAUGAUUGUAGCCUUGGAUAAUAUCAUUAACAAAUAUUAUAUCAAUAAUCACACUCAGAUUUUGACUUUCCCCGUGUUUAUCAAGUCUAUUUUAAAAAGAAUGAAUGGUUGGGACUGAAAAUACAUUUUCCUGAAGAUUAAUUCUAGUUUUCAUGACACAUUUGACAAAGGUUUGCUUAUGGAAAACUGCUUAUUGUAAAUUUUCUAUGAGUAACCUCUUGCUUUUUGACCCGAACUGAACUUAAUAAAGAUUGAAGAUUCAUUCUCACA